UGUCACUUGUCACACACACCUGUCACACACACCACACACUACACACGUGUUUUAUUCUGUAUUUUGAUUUUUGAUUGUAAGAACAAUAAAAUCAAUAUUUUAAAAAAUGUAUUUAAUGUACUACUUAAAAGAAGAUGGAACCCGUGUUUACACAUUAAAGAAAACGGAUCCAUCAGGAAAGCCCACAUUGUCUGCUCACCCUGCAAGGUUUUCUCCUGAGGAUAGUUAUUCAAAGCAAAGGAUAAUAAUGAAGAGUAGAUAUAAUCUGCUACCAACACAACAACCCGCUCCAGUAUAUUAAGAUUUAUCAUGUAUUUUAAGCAUUUUUAAGUUAUAAUUUAUUUUUAUAGUUUCAAUAAAGUUAUGUAAAAAUAA